GCUUUUGCCGACGAACUAGACCCCGCGGACCCUGCCGUCGGUUGCAAAGAGCUCGUCAUUUUCCCACUUCCACACUCCCGCUACUCGAGUAGCUCUAUCUCUUCAACGUGCCGGAACAUGCUCCUUUUGCUGUCUGGCUUGACGUCGUCGGAGGCAUCUUGCGUGAUACACCUCCGCCCGGCUUCCGUCAAUCUCAUCAAGCCUCAUCCUUCUGCCCAUCCGAACUGGCGUUCCAGCUAGAAACUGUUGUGUAGCGCUCGAGGCCAAUGAUCAUCGCACGACUGCAAGGAAUUCUGGAAGACACUGACUAGCUGCGCCCUCCAGGGCAGCGUUCGCUGUAACAUGAGUCGUAACAUCCUACCUGCCUCUCUCGCUGCGAGCUGCACAAGCUUCACAAGGCCCAGCUCAUCCGGGCCUUCACCCGCGGCAGCUCAGUGGCAACCUGUCAAGGUAAAAAAACUCACAGGCUCGGCAUGUGAGUAUUGCAGAAAGCGAAGACGAAAAUGCAAUGGCGAGCAACCAUGUCCUCUAUGCGUGGACAACAAUCAGGAAUGCAUCUACGAAGUGACCAAAACAGAAACCCAAGGUCAGGCUGUCAAACGAAAACAUGCCCAGAUGCAGCAAGAUCACGACGAGUUGAAAUCAUUAUUCGCCAUUCUUGCAACGGGGAGCAAUCAGAAAACCCUCGAGAUCCACAAUCGCAUCAGAAGUGGACAAUCUCCUGGUCUCAUUCUACAACAGCUGAAGCAUGGAGACAUUCUGAUUCAGUCUAGACUUAAUUCCGAGCGUCAUGUUAGGCAUGUCUUAUUGAGCAGUCUCAUGCAAACCAAUGCUUCAUUCGACGACUUGGUCGACUUCAUCGGCUUGACUGUUGCGAGAGAUCCCAGUGCGCAGGUACCGACUGCUGCGUUGUUGCGGCAACUCAGAGGUCAGCAAACUGAUCUAAAGGGACUUCGCAGUCUUUUAGGAUACGCUCAGCCUGCGAGUACGCAGCGUCGAAUAGCCAUAUCCGAUCUCUUGAGUGAUCAAGGAGGCCCUGCCUCGGAGUCUGGUAGCUCCAGGUCAGAAUCCCUGGAAAUGGAAAACAGCAAAAGAUCAUCAGAACCGCCUUACAGGCUUCCUGCAAAGCCCUGGACUACGUUGACCGACGAUGAUGAUCUGGUCACUCACCUUGUGUCGUUAUAUAUGGAAUGGGUGAAUCCGUUCUUUCGUCCUCUGGAAGAGGACCUAUUUGUUGCGGCUAUGCAAGCCGGCGACCUGACUUCAGAAUACUGUUCACCAUUUCUAGUCAACAGUAUCUUAGCCUAUGCUUGUCUCUACUCCGAGCGAGAAGGCGCUUUCUUUCAGCCUGACGACUACUUGACGCGAGGACAGCAAUUCCACGACGAAGCCUUUCGACUCUGGCAACUCGAAGAAGGAAGGGCAACGCUGACGAACCUCCAAGCUCUGGCUAUUAUGUAUCCUGGCUGUAUUUUGAGGGGCAAAGACAAGCUAGGUGUAAGUACGUGUGCAGUGAUAACACAAUUGUGUCGAGAUGUUCCGAAGACGCUACCAACGUCGAGCCCUUCACGCAUUCCAACGAGUGAAGACAUGUUGGAUUAUCAACGAGCCAGGAAAGUAGCCUCUUGGGCUGCGUUUGCUUGCGAUAUGGCGACUGCCAACACAAUCUUACAGCCAGCUUCCAAUACCAAAUGUAAGGAUGAUCUCCCUACCGCAGCUGAGCUGAUGAUCAGCCCGAGUCGUGUAUGGACUGGUUAUCCUCAUCACAACAAAGAUGACCUCCUCGACACGAGCGCAUUAUGGGUCGCUCAUUGUCGAUUGACGCAACUAUCCUGGAAGGCACAACGUCUCUUGUACGCUUCAGACCGCAGUGAUCCUCUAUUCCCUGUCCGCGUAGAAGCAUUGACUGAAGAAAUGAAUGGCUGGAAGCGCGCUCUACCAGCAUGUCUGCACUUCCAGGGAAGAUUGCCGGCUCCGGUAUAUGACCUGCAUUCGUGCUACGCAGCAGUGAUUAUUGCACUGUAUUCUCUGUUCCAGCCGAUUGGAGCAACUCAAAGCUCGCCAACCAGUGAAUCGAGCCCCAUACAAGAGAUACACUCCCCUGAAACUACUUUGCAAGAAACAAUCCGACAAGGCAAAGAGGCGAAUACUCGAGCUCUCUUUGCACGAGUUAUGCGUGAUCGUGCUAUCGCCACAGCCCAAGAGAUGGCUGUCAAGAUGGGCAAUUUCCGUCACCACUACGGUCUCAAGAUCAUCCCACCUUACUUCGUCCAAGCAAAUGGCGUCGUAUGCUUCACCUUACUCCAAGAUCUCUCUAAUCCAGCAUCUGCAGCGGCAUUCAAAGAAGCUUUCCGCUGUCUUCUCGGUGCUGGGAUGCAAUUUCUUUGGGCUAGAGGAAUGGCAAGGAUGUUACAUCUCACAGCACAAAACACUGGUAUACAGCUACCCAAAGCGAUUGAGACGAUGCUGGAAGCUGUUGCAGAUACCGCGUGGAAGAAAAGUGAUACGGAGAUGUUGAGCUCUUGCUGGCCAAACUAUGCCAUUGCUAAAGAUGCCAAAGUCGGCGAGAGUGUUAUGAUGGAAGACUUGAUCAAGAAGUGGGAAAGAGUCGCCUUGAAUGAGGAAGAAGGGCGGGGCAAAAGAUGACAUUCAUAGUCUUGGAGGAUUUAUCGUAGGUAUUAGUAU